AGCAGAAAAGAGCAGGAAGUGUCCGAGCAAAGCAGGAAGUAGGUGGAAUGUAUAUAGGAGUCGAUGGUGGAAGACUGUAUUAAAGAUUGGGCAGCCUGGAGCUACUUGUGAUUGUGCUGAGGUACCCUAUAAAUCACAAUGGCAUGUUUAUGAAAUUGGGGCUUAGCCAUUGUAAACUUAGUAUAUUACUAUAUUAGCCGCCCUGAUAUAAACCUUGGAGCGUACAGAGAGCGACACUCACUGAUCGAUCUGCUGAGGAUGGAGCCGGAGCCGAGCCACACGUCCGAGAUACUGGACCUCACCCUGGAGAUCAUCUGCCUGGUGACCGGAGAGAAAUGUGCGGUGGUGAAGAUGGUGUCUAUUGAGAGCCUCUUACAAGGAAUGUAUCCACCUAUGUUGAGAGGAAAGGGCAAAAGUCCCACCAUGAAGCCUCCACCUCAAUCCCCAACAUCUGAGGGGAAAAACGACAAGAAGAUCCUGGAAGUCACCCAGAAGAUCAUCGAUCUGCUGACAGGAGAGGCAUUUUUAGAAGAUUGUCCAUCUUUCCAGAAGAAUGUUGUGAUGGAUAGCCACCACCCCACCUCACCAGAUUUAUCGGAGGAAGCAGAGUCGAUACAGAUUUGCAGUGUGAUAAAGGAAGAAUCGGAUCCUGAUGAGGAAGAAACCAUCUUGAAUAAAGGCAUCAGUACACAGACCGAGGACACAGCGAUCACAAUUAAGGAAGAAUCCAAAUUUUCGGGCAGAGGCUCUUGGAACCGUAGAAAAUUGCCCCCACUGGCACAAAUUGAGCAGAACGACCCCCAAAACAUUGACCUCUGUGAUGACCAUAGACAUACAAUGUCUACUGCUGUUAAGGAGGAGAUGGAAAAAGAUGACCUUGAGGAGGACUAUACAUCUUUUACUAUAAAAGAAGAAUUAUUUUUGACCAAUGUAUUAGAUUCCUUGGGACAAACCUCGCAGAUGGGCCCAACCUUUCCUCAAGAUUGGAGCAUACAUGAAGAAAUUGGAGCUCCCUAUAUAGCAGGUGGAAGCACUCAGUCAGGGGCUUCGCAAAGCUCACAGGCCAAGAUCUACAACUGCGACGGGUGUGAUAAAAGCUUCACCAGCAGCUGCGACUUCCUCAAACACCAGUUGAUGUAUCAAGGGCCUCAUUCCCUCUCCUGCCAGGAGUGCGGGAAGUGUUUCGCCACAGAGGAGCAGCUGGUGAAGCACCACCGAGUCCACACAAGGCCGAAGCCGUACAACUGCUCUGAGUGCGAGAAGUCCUUCCCUCUGAAGCAGUUGCUCGUAAUACACCAACGUAGUCACACUGGGGAGAAGCCAUAUGCCUGUAAGGACUGCGGCAAGUGUUUCUCCCAGCGAUCGUCGCUCGGGAAGCACAUGCGGUCCCACUCGGGAGAGAAGCCGUACCCGUGCCCCGUGUGUGGGAAGAGAUUCGGCAGCAGGCCCACCCUCAUAAUCCACCACCAGAGUCACACGGAUGAGAAGCCCUUUGUGUGCUCGGAAUGCGGGAGGCGCUUCCACCAGAAGAUCGCACUGAUAAAGCACCAGCGCAUUCACACGGGAGAGAGGCCGUACUUGUGCGCAGAGUGCGGGAAGCGCUUCACGCAGAAGCAUUCGCUGUCCAUGCACAAACGGACCCAUUCUGGCGAGAAGCCCUUCGAGUGCUCGGAGUGCGGAAGGUGCUUCUCCCGUAACUCGCUUCUCAUCGUUCACCAGAGGAUCCAUUCCGGGGAGAAGCCAUACUCCUGUACGGAGUGUGGGAAGUCCUUCCGCCAUAAGUCAGUGCUGAGCAACCACCAGCUGACUCAUACCAGGGCGCAGUCUUUUCCUUGUCCGGAGUGCGGGAAGUGUUUUAACCGCAGCUGCUACCUCAUUCUACACCAAAGAGUCCACCAAAGGGCCCGCACGCCAAAGAGUUUGCUCACCGAUUAAGAGAACGUAUUUAUUUUUUGCUAUAGAUGUGGAUUUGAUUUUCAAGCUAACACAAUAAAUGGUAUAAAAAACAGCUA